GGGCCAGGCGGCGGGCGAGAGCGGGCCUCCGGGCGGCGGCGGCGGACGCGGCCUGAGGGAGCGGCCGGCUGCCGCGCGGGGCUCGCCUCGCCCGCGGCGGGGUCCAUGGCCUGAGCGGCCAUGUCCGGCGUGGUGCGGACCCUCAGCCGCUGCCUGCUGCCGGCCGAGGCCGGCGGGGCCCGCGAGCGCAGAGCGGGCGGCAGCGGGGCCCGUGACGCGGAGCGCGAGGCGCGGCGGCGCAGCCGGGACAUCGACGCGGGGCUGGCCCGCGAGCGGCGCGCCGUGCGGCGCCUCGUCAAGAUCCUGCUUCUGGGCGCGGGCGAGAGCGGCAAGUCCACCUUCCUCAAGCAGAUGCGCAUCAUCCACGGCCGCGAGUUCGACCAGAAGGCGCUGCUCGAGUUCCGCGACACCAUCUUCGACAACAUCCUCAAGGGCUCGAAGGUCCUGGUGGACGCGCGGGACAAGCUGGGGAUCCCGUGGCAGCACCCUGAGAAUGAGAAGCACGGCAUGUUCCUCAUGGCCUUCGAGAACAAGGCUGGGCUGCCCGUGGAGCCGGCCACCUUCCAGCUGUACGUGCCAGCGCUGAGCGCGCUCUGGGGUGACUCCGGCAUCAGGGAGGCCUUCGGUCGCCGGAGCGAGUUCCAGCUGGGGGAGUCGGUGAGGUACUUCCUGGACAACUUGGACCGGAUCGGCCAGCUGAACUACAUUCCUAGUAAGCAAGACAUCCUGCUGGCAAGGAAAGCCACCAAGGGCAUCGUGGAGCACGACUUUGUCAUUAAGAAGAUCCCCUUCAAGAUGGUGGACGUGGGCGGCCAGCGGUCGCAGCGCCAGAAGUGGUUCCAGUGCUUUGACGGCAUCACCUCCAUCCUGUUCAUGGUGUCCUCCAGCGAGUACGACCAGGUGCUCAUGGAGGACCGGCGCACCAACCGGCUGGUGGAGUCCAUGAACAUCUUCGAGACCAUCGCCAACAACAAGCUCUUCUUCAACGUGUCCAUCAUCCUCUUCCUCAACAAGACGGACCUGCUGGUGGAGAAGGUGAAGGGCGUCAGUAUCAGGAAGCACUUCCCCGACUUCCAGGGCGACCCGCACCGGCUGGAGGACGUGCAGCGCUUCCUGGUGCAGAGCUUCGACCGCCGGCGGAGGAGCCGCAGCAAGCCGCUCUUCCACCACUUCACCACGGCCAUCGACACGGAGAACAUCCGCUUCGUGUUCCACGCGGUGAAGGACACGAUCCUGCAGGAGAACCUGAAGGACAUCAUGCUGCAGUGAGUCGGCCUGGCAGCGGCGCAGGGCCCCGACGAGCUACUGGAUCCUGGGGAUGCACACUACUGAGACUCCGCACGCCGCUCGGGCGGCGGCGGUGCGCGCGCACAGCACGCUCUCCCGCGCGGGAGCACCGCUCCCGUCGGACGCAGCGGCACCGAGUGCGUGCGCGCGCAAGUGUGGCGCGUGCGCACUCUUUCUAAUGAUAAAACACUGACCGGCCGGCCUUCCAGACGGCUCUCUUCCUAACUUGCAGGUCUAACCCCAAAGCUCUGCCGCCGUAGCUUGUAAGAGGCCGAGUGCACACUGAUGCUGCUAACGCAGUUCUGUGCCUGCCCUGCCCCGCCUGCCAGGGGUCUCGGGCCACCUCCCAAAGUGAGCAAGUUGCCUUUUAAAGCUCCCGUGCCCAGUUCCUGAGAGCCCCCGGUGCUGGCCCUUGGGUGAAGCCCCGGGGCCCGCCUCAGAGGGUGGGGUAGGACUCCACGGGUGUGGUCUUGCCUUACUGCGCCAGCGUGCGCUGUCCCUCCAGCCUGUCACCUUGCCCUGGUCUGUGGACCUGGUGCGUCCCUCUCCGCCCAGGCGCACAGCGGUGCUUGUUACUUUGGAUCCGCCCUGCCCUUCCCCACCUACUGGCAAAGACAAACCAACCUGCCUUGCAGGGAGUUUCCCAUCUCAGGAGUCCCCUCCUGACGAUCCCUGCUGUCGGCUGCCCUGGCUCAGUACGGCACUCCCGCCCUUUCAGCCCUGGCAGCUGCAGGGUUACCAGCACAGCCUGCGGUCACACACCUGCUGGGGCACCGCCGACACUGCCCUGUAGGAAGCCCUCGGGCCCUGCAGCACCCCUAGUUUCUGCAGACUGCCCCCCCACCGACACCUCUUGCAGCCAGUCCCUGUCUCAGCCCCCCUUGCCCUCCCGGCUCUGGCCCAGGGCUCCCGCCUCUUUAGCGCCCACACAACACAGGUCAGUGUCGGCCACGGCUCUCAGCCAGGAGCGCAGGAGCUGGGGGCAGGGGCGGGCUGCUCAGCGGCACCCAGUUCGCGCUCGCUUUCCUGCCAGGCACCUCACCAUGUACAAGAACACUGCAUUCCACUGUCCCUGCUGGGAGCUGCUCUACAGAGCCCAUCUUGGCUCCUGGGACUUCCCCCAGCAUUGAAAGAAAAGGGAAAGAGCUUCCUUUGUGGCUGGCCCCAGGAUGUCACUGUGGUCGACACACCUCCUGUGGCCCUUGUCCUGAAGCCACACUGCUCCCCUCCCCUCCUGUGUCCCCUGGCACCUCUCUUGGCUCUGAGUCAGCAGGCCAGAUACUCUUGAGUCUCUAGGCAAGGCUGACCCAGAAGGGGGGGGGGCAGCCUGCCUCUGAGGCACCCUUGUUCUCCCCGUGUGUUUGAUGAGGAGACAACAUGAGAUCCUUUCUCGCUGGUGCUCGAGGCCGAGUGGCGGCAUUUGGGGGGAUUUCAGCUGCUUUUGAGUUUUUGGCCAGAAAGAAGUUGCUUGUUUUGUGCUCCUCCUGUGGCUCUUCACAAGCCAAGAGGCCAUUCCCGGGCUCAGGGCCGACUGCGUGGCUCAGAGGGAGGGAGCCCUGGGGGGCCGGGGCAGGGCGGCUCUGAGAUCAGGUUUGCUUCUGAUGACAGUGGGGGCAGCCCCUCGCCUGUCACUGUACUGGGUCUCGUCGGUGUGUGAGGGCUCCCGCUGCUCCUCACCAACCUGGAAGUGUGGGCUGCUGACCUCCUGGUCCUCGCACCUGCUGGCCGCCCCGUCUGAGUGCCUCUGCCUUUAACCAGCCUGCCACGUCUGCUCAUUCACGUUCAAGUGCGUACGAGGGGCCUUGACUGUGUGGAGCUGCCCGUAACAUGGGGUGGCCUUCAGGCCAGGACCCCGACCAGCUCAGCCCCCAACCUCACGGCCUGUUCACCGAGCCUGAGAGUCCCCAGGCCCCAGGAGGAAGGUGUCAACAGCGUCAGCUCUGAAUUCUGGGAUUCGUCAUGACCAGAGAAGAAGAGAACGAUUUGUAAAGCGAAACUAAACUGUUCACAACUUCGCUACACAUAGGCUGUCCUCAUCCUUGUCUCUAAAACCUUUGGCUUUGUAAUUUUUUAUCCUAAUUCCACUGUUACCCUUGAUUAUUGUCUUUUUUAUUGAGAUAUUGGAGAAGCAGGAGAUAGCUGUGCCUCAUCUAUUAUUGCAAAAAUGUAACAAUAAACGUCCUCAAAACAAGA